CCCCGCAGCCACGCUCGCUCGCCGAAGCCAACCAACGCCACCACCACCCCACCACCAUCAGUUACUACUGCUGCCUGCCUGCGCCUCGCCUCCAGGCUCCCUCCAGGAAUCCCCUCCUCCUCGGAUUCUUUCCCCUUCUCCAGCUCCCCCAUCCUCCCGUCCAGCACUCCAGCAGCGCCGCCUGCACUGUGCUGCCGCGCCUUCGGCAGCAGCGCACCGCUCGCCUCCGGCCUCCAGCCUCCUCGGUUCCCGUGGGAGGCUAUGAAGUUAAGGACAAAACGGCCCGAAUGGAAGUCCCUUAUGCCUCUACAACUGAGCAGAUUGAGCAGGAAAUCUGCCAUGCGUUUCUUUUUGUUCCCCAAGGUUCAGUCGGCUGGUCAAUCACCAGAUGAUACCCCAGUUUAUCUUAACGUGUACGAUUUGACACCAAUGAAUGGUUAUAUAUAUUGGGCUGGCCUGGGCAUAUUUCACUCAGGAAUUGAAGUUCAUGGUGUUGAAUAUGCAUUCGGAGCACAUGACUUCCCCACCAGUGGGGUCUUUGAGGUAGAACCUCGCCAAUGCCCUGGUUUUAGGUUCAGAAAAUCAAUAUUUCUUGGUACAACAUGCUUGGAUCCAAUCCAAGUUAGGCAGUUCAUGGAGCUUCAGUCAGUAAACUACAAUGGAGAUACUUACCAUCUUAUCACAAAGAACUGUAACCACUUCUGCAAGGAUAUGUGCUACAAGUUGACCGGUAACAAAAUUCCCAAAUGGGUGAAUCGGCUCGCCAGAAUAGGUGCCAUUUGCAACUGCCUUCUCCCAGAGUCGCUUAAGAUCUCUCCAGUUGGCCAUGAUCCAAAUAGUCAAUCUGAAGACUCGGAGAAAAGGCGGCUGAGGAACCCAUUUAGCUGUUUCUCUUCGAUCUCGAGUCACCGCCAGCUGCCGUCAUCUUCUCCUUUCCCACCAUCUCCUGUGAAAGAGGGUCUCCCCCAUUGUUCCUCGAGGAAACCCAGCACGGGCGCGGCGUCUCUGAAAAAUAGGUAGCCUGGCGCCGCCCCUGUGGUGUAACUUCCGGUACCAAGUCGUUGUGCUAAUUCUUGCAGUGUCAACAUCUGGAUUGCACGGCAAGUGCCGUGCUGUAGCUUUCUGUCAGGUACUUGUUUUUGGUCGGUAAAAGUCAGAUGCCUGAUGGCUGUAUCAUGUAAAACCCAAGCGUCGUGUGCUGAUUUGCCUCGCAAGAUCUGUUUGGGAGGGGUGAAUUUUCACUCGAUUCUACCCGCCUAUGUACUCUACUCAGUGAUUUGUAUAUUAAUCCAUUAUUCUUUCAGCUGCUAAAAAAAGUGCCGUGUCGUUCCUGGAA